AUGUAUAAUAAGGGAAUAAAUAUUUGCUUUAAUGAAGAUAAUAAGUGUAUUAUACUUUUACAUAUAAUAUUUAAUAAAUGUAUAAUUAGCUUCGUUGUUUCACAUGUAUUAGCAGAAAGAAAAAUAUGUUUCCUAAAUCGUAUAAAAAAUAGUAAAAUAUUUAGAAGGUUUGGAAAUAUCAAUAAUCAUAGAAGAAAUCAUGUGAAAGAGAAUUAUAAAUUUAUAGGGAGAAUAAAUAAAGGUAAAAAGAAAGGAAAUAAGUGUAGAAUAAAGUUACAUGAAUUUUAUGAAUGCGCAAAAUCAUACAUUUUAAAACAAUUUAAAUGGGUAUUAAAUAAAUCAAAGUAUAUUUAUUUUAAUAUAAUAUAUCAUUUAAAAAAUGCCUUUUUUGUGGAAUAUACACAAAGAGAGUAUUUGCCACAAUAUAUUGAAAAUUAUAUUAUUAAUACUAUACCAAAACACAUUCAAAACUUUAAUCCUAUAAAAUGGUCUUAUAAUAACAAUGAAUACGCUACAAUAAAUAAUUUAAACUUUACAAAAUAUAAAAAUAAAUAUGAAAAGCAAUACGAUAUAGAAAUGGAAGAAGAUACAAACUAUAAAGGCGCAGAUGAUAUUUUUUAUAACAGUUAUAAUUGUUGUAAUAAUAAUAGUAAAUGUGAUGAUAAAAUCGAAAAAAAUACAAUAGACAAAAACAUAGAAAAUAAGUGUAACAUAAAAGAAUAUGAUAAAAAAAAUAAAAAUAUAUUAUUUCCUAUUGAAGAAGAAUUUAAAAAAAUUAUUCAAAUAGAAAAUAAUAUCGAAAGAAAUUAUAUGGUUCCAAACGAAUCCAAUAAAAAUAUUUUAUAUAACUUAAAAAAUAUUCUUGAAAAAAUUCGAAAUAUAGAAGCAAUAUCAAAUAUAAAUAAUUAUAUUGAUGUAAAAAAUACAAUAGAAAGUUAUAAAUUCAAUCCUGCCAAGUGUAAAAAAAUAUCACAUGAGGAUAAGUACUUUCGUAAUAAAUCAAAAUUGUGUUUAUCUUGCUUUCAUAAUAUAAUUCAUAAAAUAAUAUAUUAUAGUAAAAUGGAGAAUAUAAGUUUUUCAGAUAUGUAUAAACAGUUAUUAACUACUUAUAAUAACACUUCUUGUGAAUAUUGCAAUCGAAUAAAUAACGCUAUAAAUGGCAAUAACAAUUUUUUAGCCUUAUACAAUGACGACAAUGCAUAUAAUUGGGAAUAUCGUGAAAAAAAUAAAUUUGAAGCUUUAGAAAACGAAAUUCAACGUUGGAAUUUUAAUUCGUCGUAUGGUAAUAAUUUUCCACAUAUGCAAACAAAUAGUAAAAAAUAUAGAAGAAUUUUAAACGAAGAAAACGAAAAAACAUUUAAUAAUAUCGUAGGAAGAAAUGAGAUGGAAAAUGAUGAUGAUUUCGAUGUAUAUAGUGAUAUUGGGGAAUAUAUGCUGGAUGAAAACGAUAUAGAGGGCGACAUAGAGGAGGAGGUAGAAAAACGAGGAAAAUAUCAAAAUUUAAAUAAUAUGGGCUUCAAUAAUGUAUAUAAGAAAUAUAACCAGUUAAAAGAUGAUAAUAUAAUUAUUUUUAACAAGAAUAAUAUGCAUAACAGUUUAUAUAACAAUGGGUUCAAUGAUUCAAAUUUAGAGAAAAAUAAUAUUUUAUUUCCCUAUGAAAAGUACAACAAUUUAGAUAAAAACGAACUGAACUUAGCAAAAUAUUCUCAAAAUAAGCAAUUUUAUGGUCAAUAUAAAUAUGAUGGAUCGAUAUAUAAACAUGAUUUAAUAGUACUUGAUACAUCAGGAUAUAUAUAUAAAGUAUCAACAGAUGGAACAUAUCAUUGGAAAUAUAGAAUUGUAAAAAAUAUACAAGACUACAUAAAUUAUGAAGAAGAAACUAAAACAGAAAAGUAUUAUAAUACAUUAAAAAAUAAUAAUGGAAAAAUUAACAUGGGAUACAACGAUAUUUUAAGAAACAAUGAUUAUGAGCAAAUUACAGAAAAGGAUGAUAUUGAUAAGAAGAAAAAUUAUAGUUAUGAAAAAUCUAAAAAAAAAAGUAAAAAUAAAAAUGCAAUGAAAAGGUUACUUUCAGAUUAUAGUGGCGAUUUAUUUUAUGUUGAUGAAAAUAAUGAAGCAAUUCCAAUAAAUAUAAAUAUUAAAGAUGUUGUUAAUAAUUCCCCUUUUAAAUCAACACUGUUUCCAAAUAUAUUAUUUAUUGGAUCUAGGCAAUCAAGCAUAAUUAAUUUAGAUUUUGAUACAGGACACGUAGUAAAAAAAUAUGAUGAAAAUUAUGAUGAUUUGGUAAAAGAAAAUCAAAAAGCUUUACCAAAUAAGCACGAUCAAUUCAUUAAAAAAAAUUCUAAUAUAUUGCAUGAUGAAUUAGAAAAAUAUUCGGAUCAUUCUAUAGAUAUAAAUGAUGAGAAUUAUUAUGUUGAUGAGGAUUAUAAUGCCAUAGAUGACGACUAUAUUGAAAAUAAUCUGCAACUUGAGUAUAUAGAUUUAUACGAUGAUGAAAUUGAAACAGAAAAUAAUAAUGGCAGAAAUAAUUUUUUCCUUAUUGAUGAGGAAGGGAGAAUAGAAGAACAGUCACCAAAUAAUGGAGACAAAAUAAAUGCAUAUGAUGGUUCUAACAUGCUAGAUGAAUGUGGAACAGAAAACUGUUUAAACGACCACUCAAAAGAAGAAAGCGAAAUUGUUAAUAAUAAAUUUAGUAAAAACAUCAGAGAUAAACUACUAAUCCAAAGAACAAAAAUAAAGAAUAAAAGACUCUUUUUAAUGAAAAACUGGUAUAAGAAUAUUAGCAACAAUAAUUUAUUAAAUGUAAAUUCAAGCUAUUUAGGAAUAAACCAAAAGGAAAGAAAUAACAAAAAUAUAGAAAAGGGAAAUAAAAAAAGAAAAAUUCCAAAAAGACAACUACAAAUUAGUCUUGUUAAAUGGGUUAUAAAAGCAGUCGAUGAAACAUCUUUGAAACAAAAAUGGGUAACAAGUUGGGUUGAUGUUGGAUCGAUAUUUAUCGCUGAUAGUAAUAAACAAGAUUUAUCAUAUAUUAAUUCAUUAAUUGAUAUUGAUGGCAAUAAAUUAAUAUUGAGAGGAUUAGAAAACAAUAAAGUAAGCAAGCCAUAUAAUAAUAGCAUUUCCAAAAAUAUAGAAGAUGCUGAAAGAAACGAACUUGAAUUUGCGUCCGAGAAUUAUAAAAACGAUAUACCGAAUGAAAUUGAUGAAAAAAAUAACAAAAUGGAGAACAAUGCGAAUAAAUUAAAUCCGAAUAUUAAAUCUAAAAUUUUUAUUUUUUCAAAAGAAAUAUCAUCUGUAUUUGCAUUGCAAUAUAAAAGUAAAACUAAUAUAUUCACAUUAGAUGCAAUAGUAAAACAAAAUGAAAAUUUUUUUCCUGAAUACAAUAGUAUUAAACCUUACUCAUAUAAUCUUCUUAAUUUAAAAAAUAAUAACGAUGCGCUUCUUUUGCCAUUUUCUUCAUCUAAUGACUAUUUAAAUAAUAAUGAUAAACAAAAUCUUCCGUGGAAUUUCAAUUAUGAUGAAAAUGACCCAAAUGCCAAUAAUAGCAUUGCUUUUCAAAAUUACAAUAAUUUUAUUGCUCAUCGAUUAAACAAUAUAUCAAUUAAUAUAACGUCAAUCGAAAAGGAUUUAAGAUAUUUAUUAUUAAGUAUUAUAUUCGCUUUUGAUAAGCAUAAAAAAAUUCCCAUGAAUUAUUUAUUUCAAAUGAAAACAUUAUUACAUGAAUAUCAACAAACAAAACAAAAAUUUAUGAUAUGUUUACGAGGAUUAAAUCAUGAUAAAAAUAUAAAUAUAUUUUCAAACCAUAAUGAUAUUAGAGAUAUUGAUACAAAACAUUAUGAAUAUGAUGAUUAUGAUUAUAUAAACGAAGAUAUGAAUGAGAUUGAUGAGCCUAUACACAUUUGUGAAUAUACAAAUAAAUUUAUCGAUUUAUCAUUUGAAGGAAAAGAAAAAUGUAUUGAUUAUUGUUCUAUGCUUAAUAUAUGGGAUAAAAUAUUUAAUAAUUAUACAAAUCACGAAGAUUGUUUAUUAUUAUCAAAUUUAUAUAGAAUAUUGAAUAGUACAUAUCCCCUUACUACCAAAGACUUUACUCGCAUAAUUGAUGGAAUAUUUCAAAAGGAUGAAAGAAUGUUAAUAAAAAGAAGAAAAAGAUCAAAUGGACGUUCAAGAAAUAAUGAUUUGACCGAAUUUUCAUUCUCAAAACAUAAAAAAAGUUGGUAUUGGAAUAUUUUUUAUGCAAUCGCCUUAGUGAUUGCAAUUCCAUUUGUAUUUAUUUAUAGACUAUUUAAAAAGCAAGAAGAUAAUAGGAAUCAUAAUAAAGCAAUUAUGAGAAAGAAAAAAAUUACAGAUUAUGAUGAAGAUAGUAAUGAUGCAUAUGAUGAAUUAUUAAAUAUUGAUAACAUUUUAUUAAAAAGAAACAAACGUAAAUUGGCAAAUAUAUUAAAGGAAAACGGUAUAUCGAGUUUAACUAAAGCAGGACUAGAAAUGUUUAUGACAAAAAAUUUGAAAAAAGCACAAGAUUUAGAGCAUCUAACUUUAGUAGAUAUAUUAGCUAGGCAUGCACGAGAUUCAGAUAGUGACAGUAAUUUUUAUGAUAUUCAUGAUGGUAAAUAUAAUUUAUACCCACAUUAUUAUUCUGGUCAAGAAUCAAAAUAUAGCUUGCCAAAUAUGCAUUAUAUAGAUUUAAACAAAUCGCAUUCAGGAGAUACUAAUAAAUAUGAUUUGGAUGGGAACAAUAUGUUUUAUAUGCAUAGAAGACGAGCUGCUUCACAAGAUGUUACAUAUAAGCAAUCAUUUAUAGUAAAGAAAAGGAUUAGAAGUAAUUAUAAAAUAGGAAACAAAUAUAAUAAACGAAAUUAUACAGAUUAUGAAAAGGAUAAAAAGAAUAGUUCUAUAAAAGAAAAAAGUAUCAAUGAAAAGGCUUUUGAUAAAAGUGAUUUUAUAAACUUUUUAAAAAAUUAUAAUAAAAAAUUUAUGAAAAAAAAUCCAUUUGUAGAUCAUCUUAUGAAAACUAAUAAAACAGACAUAUACAACGAAUUUAAUAAUAAUAAGGAAAAAGCUAAAAAUUUAUAUAAUGAAAAAUUUAAUUUUAAUAGUGCGGAUGAAGAAAAUAAGAGCCCUUAUUCAAAAAAAUAUUCAGAUGAAAAAAAAAAUAAGAGUAAGUUUUCGAAAUAUAUCGAAAGCGCAGAAAGCGAUAAUAAUGAUAAUAUUAAUGGAAAUAUGAACGUCGGAAAUCAUUUUAAUAAUGAUAAAGUGAGUAAUAAAGGUUCCAGUGCAAGAAAUAUAUCAAUCAUUCAAACAUCGCAUAUUCCUUAUGAUGCCCCAUUAGCCGAUUUUUUAGAAAAUGGCAGAUUUAUGAGAACUUUUCAAAAUAUAUCAUUAAUAGGGCAAGGAGGAUUUGGAUCAGUGUAUAAAGUAUCACAUAGACUUGAACCAGGGUCACCAACAUAUGCUCUUAAAUUUAUAUAUUUAAAAGUAAGCUCAUUGGAUAAUGUUAGCUCAAGAAGAUAUUUUCGUGAAAUUGCUGCAAAUAGAGAUAUAUACAGUAAACAUGUAGUUAGAUAUUACACAUGGUGGUGUGAAGAACCUCAAUUUUUACCAAUGGAUAUAAUUCCAAAAGAAAUUCAAAAUACACUUAAAAAAAAUAAAGAUCCUUUUAAAAAAGUUUGUAAUAAAAAUAAAAAAGAUGAUGAUUAUUCUAGUGAUUGCACAGCAUCUUCAGGUGAAAAUAAUAAAUUUGAUUUAAAAAAUUAUAAAAAAGUAAUAACAAAAAAAAAUUCUCUAAAAUUAAAAUUUUAUAGUGAUAAUGAAACGCCAUAUAAUAAAAGAAAAGAUAAUACUCAGAAAAAUGAAUUUUUAAAUGAUAAAAAUUUAUCAGAUAAUAUAUAUAUAAUCGAAAAUAAUAAAAAGAAGAAAAAAAAAAAAAAAAAAAAAAAAAAAAUUAUAUAUAAGGAAAAAAAAAAAGGAAAUAUCGACAUAAAUUGUGAAGCCAAUAAAUAUAGUACAUUUUAUGAACGAAAUAAUCCAAAUAAUUUCAGUUCUGGUUUUCAAGAAUAUGAUCCUUUUGGAUAUGGAUAUUUAAGUGAAAACGAAAGAGAUUUAAUUGUUUUUGCGGAUAAUGACGAAUCAAAUGUGUCUACCCACUCAAAAAAAAAUGAUAGUAAUGAGCGAAAAUCUGCGAAUAACCAAAAUGAAAUUUGUAUUACAGGGGACGAUAUCAACAAAAAUGACAAUGCCAUACAUGAUGAUAGUAAUAUUUUGGUUUGCCAAAAAUCCGAUAAAAAUUCAAUGACUAUAAAAAACAUACCGGGUAGCACUACUAAUGGCACAUUAAAUAGAGAUACUAUAAAUGACGAAACAAGAACACGAGGAACCAAUAACAAUCCGAAGGACUCUAAUGAUUAUAAUAUCGAUACAAUAAUUAAGCAAAAAGGUGAAUCAUUCGCUUUAGGGGAAAAGGCUCCUAAUAAUAAAUAUAAAAAGGAUGGUCUGGGCAUUAUUAAUACAAAUAGAAAAUUAAUUGAAGAAAACAUUAAGAAAGAGAAAGGCCAAGAGAAGGAAAAAAACAAAUUAAAGAUGAAUGGUGAAUUAGAGAAAAAGGAAAAUGCUAAUAAAAUAAAAUAUUAUAAGAAAAAAAAUGUAGGCCCAGAAUUUUCAAUUGUUUUGUUAUUACAAAUGGAAUUUUGUAAAGGACUUACAUUACGUAGAUGGCUAGAUAGACCAUCAAGAAGUGAUAAGCCUUUGCAUUUUACAUAUGGAGAUAAAAAUACAAACCAUCCUUUGGAAUUUGAUUUAUUUAAACAGCUAAUUAAAGGACUAAAAGAUAUUCAUUCAACUUGCUUUAUUCAUAGAGAUCUAAAACCAGAAAACAUAUUUGUAGAUUUAGAUACUUAUAUAUUAAAAAUAGGAGAUCUAGGAUUAGUACGAUUUAUAGAAGAAAAAAAAAGAGAAAACGAUUUAAGUAAUAUAGAUAACUUUAAAGAUAAUAUAUAUACAGAAAUAAAUCACAACACUAUAACUAGUCAAAUUUCAAUGAAAGGGCAAAUUAUAGGAACCCCUGGAUAUACAGCACCUGAAGGAGGGGCUUUAUGCGACGAAAAAGCAGAUAUUUAUAGUGCAGCUUUAAUACUACUAGAGUUAUUAUGCCCACGUUUUAAUACAAUAAUGGAAAGAUAUAAAACAUUAAAUGAUUUUCGAAAUUAUUAUACUGUGCCUGACUAUGUUAAGAUUCAUUUAAAUCCUUGGUAUAUCUUGAUGUUACAAAUGUCUAAACCUAAUCCAGCUGAUAGGCCAUCGGCAGCAGAUUUAUAUAAUAAAAUAAAGGUACUACUAGAUCCGCAUUUGACAGAUUUUACUUUUAGCUUUAAUGAUAUAAAUAAUGAUGAUCUCGAAUAUACAGGAAGCCGUAAUGUAAUAAAUUCUACCAGCAUCAAUGCUGAUAUUAAGGAAAACAUUAAUCAAAACAAUUUAGUGGAUGAUAAAGAUAAUAAUAUUAUUAUUAGUGGAAACGAGGCUGAUCAUUAA